AUGUAUCACACCCUUUCGAUUAUAGCCGAUCGUAAUACAGAAGUAAAUGAAGUAAAUGAUUUUAACGAAUUGGAUGUUAGCGAUAGAGAGUGGGGCGAUGGUGAUGAUAGUGGAUGGGAUGACGAAGAGGGCAUGGAACUCGGUUUAGUGUGGAAAAACGACAACCAUUUGGAAAAAACGAAGCGAGGCCCAUACAUGACAGGAAAGACACCAAAGUCAACCUAUUACGAUAAGUAUGGGCUGAACGGUUCAUUCACUAAAGCGGCAGUUGGAGCCAAAAAAUUAUCAGCUUCUUUAAUAAUGCAAGUUAUGGAUUUACAAUCUCCCGAGUCUAAUGAAAUAGGAGAAAUUUCGAGCGAUUCAGAAAGUGAUCUAGACACUUGUCGAACGAAUGAAAGAGCACAAGAGUUAAAAAAGCAGUUAGAAAAAGAACAUAAUCAAUUAACCGUUACCGAGUAA